AUAAUCCUUCAGAAGUACUGACAAAAAACUGUGGAAGAAGUGACGUAAGUAGAUCAAAAUAUUACAUUCUCUGGGGUCAAGGUGACAUCAAGGUUUGAACGAUCUAUGCAGUAUGAGUCAGUGAACAGUGCCCGAGCGCAGCGGUGGUGGUGCGAUUUCAGGAUGUCCCCGGCAGCGUCGUUCGGCGAACGAUGGGCCUUAGACAACUUGACAAGGAAAGCCUCACCAGAAGAGCUCCUCACCCUUGAACUUAUUCUCAAUUGCUGCAGUGGAGAUGAGGCAGAAGCAUCGAAAAGAGCGAGAAAGUAUUAUACAGCUCGAGGUCCUGGUGGACUCACUGAGCUAUGGCAUCGGCGGCGACCUGACGAUGACGAUAUUUUGUCUAGCUGUCAAGACGUAUACAUAGUACCUUUACGCACACGCAGUGCUGAAGGUAGACGACUGACAUUUGUCAAACUACCCGCACCUACAGCGCUGAACAAACCACUUACUCCGAAAGCCUUGUUAGCAAGGUGGCUCAUGAUCCUUGACAUAAGGUUAAAAGAUGACCCAACUCCAGGUGAUGAAGUAGUGAUGAUAGACGUAUGUGAUCUGCAACCCGCGCAUCUCAAAAGCCACUUCAAAGGGAGUUAUUGGAAAGAUUUUGCUUGGUGUAUGAAGUCGGCGUAUCCUCACCGAUUUUCAGAAAUCCAUAUCAUCAAUACACAGAAGCUUAAAACUAUAUCCGUCCUACUCUUACAUAUGAGUUUAUACCCCUGGAGACGUAUCAUCCGUUCACACCCAGGGGAAGAUGGUAUAAACAAUUUUAUGGAUGACUACUUCCCGCCUGAAGGUCUACCUCAUGAAUACGGAGGGAAAGCUGGUGUUAUGAAAGAUCUCAAUGAUGAAUGGACAAAGAAGCUUCUACUGAAUUCAAAAUGGCUACGAAUCGAAGAGCAAAAGUUCUACCAAACGGAAUUGAAACCAGACAAACGUCGUCAGAACAGAAGUCUUCGAAAUCUACUUAGUAUAAGUUCUUAUGAUAUAUCUCGGAGUCAGUCCUGCAAAUCGUUGGAUAAUGAACUUGAGGAGGGUCCCUAUGGAGCGUAUAGGAGUCUGUCUAUAGAUAAAACUUUUUAUAUCUAGACUUUUCGUUUAUAACUGGAAUUGUACUGUAUAAUUUACACGCGUAAAAUAAGGAAACGAAAUCAUGCCUUGCAGUCCGGGCACUUCAUAAUCAAUUACUAUUACCACGAUUCGAAUAAAAACUUUCUAUUCGACUUACGAGUGUGAUACUAGCAUCAAUUUAUUAUUAUAAUUUUAAAAAUAACGUUACCUAUUUUACAUAUGAAUAGACAAAUAGUCUGCAAAAUAAUACGUGGCAAAGCUGGCGACUCAAAGUGAGUUUGGGCCUCCUAAACAAGAGACCGGAAUCAGAAAUCGGGGAUCAAUCAAAAUCCCGUUUAUAAUUGGACUCGAGAUCCUGUUGAUCAAUCAAAAUCAAUCAGAACGCACAGUCAUUUCAUUUUAGAUUAUCCGCAGGCAUUUAAUAAUGUAUUGCAAUAUUUUAUAAUUCGUUUAACACAACGUAUAAACAAUACUCGUAAGUAACAAAAAUAUGUUAAGGGAACUGAAAAUACUCAAUAAGUUUUGUGCCCAGUUGUUGUUAAGAAUUGUACCACAAUUUUGUAAAAAUGCAAUAAUAUAAAUAUA